AUGGAUAAAGGCACAAGCAGCAAGCGAUCAGCAUCAAGAGCUACGACGAGCUCCAAGUCCAUCGUGAAGAAGAAGCUCAAGGCGUUGACGGAGCAUGCCAAGAACAGCAGGUUAGGCAGAGAGCUUGUCGCUCAUGUUGUCUUCGUCAUCAUAUUCUGUGUUGUCACGCUGGUCCCAUCGGAUGACCCCAACUACGAGGCUCUGUCUUGGUCUAUGCAAUCUGUCUUCCUCAUGGAAGACCAUUCUCAGUUCAAUCUCAACGCCUCGUUCACGGGCACCAAGUUUGUUGACAUCAGUGUUGUCUCCGACAUCUGGAGUUGGAUGAAAGGUCCUUUCAUGCACGCGAUUUACAUGCAAGACUGGUUCAGGGGAGAUCCGUGGGAGGUCGGGGAUCAGAACUUGGUAGCAGGGCACAACCUGAUAGCGGGAACUGUGAGCAUGCGACAGAAGCGAGUGCAAAGGGCGACUUGUACAGUCCCGCAGCAGUUCCUAGGAGCCAAGGAGAUAGUAGACUGCGCGGCAGACUACUCCUCCAAGGUCGAGGACAAACAGGGCUACGGCCCCUUCUACACAGAGCCAGAGUGGGCGAAGGCUUACACUUUCACAUCAUCCUGGCCCUCGUUCAGCAGUGGGACCAAGUACUACACAUCGGGAGGGUACGCGCAAGAGUUUCCGGGAGCCAACUGCUCACUUGCUAACAAGACCGUCCCCUGCAUCACGCUGGCUGAAGCCGUCCUGGGUGACCUGGAGAGCACGGGGUGGAUAGACUACAGGACGAGGGUGGUGCUGGUGGAGGUUUUCCUCUACAACCCUCCUCUCAAUCGGUUCGUGAUGGUGCAAGCGAUACUGGAACUCCCUUCCUCCGGGGCCGUGAUCCCCUCGUACAGCGUCAGGACUGCGAAGCUCAUCAGGUAUCACUCAGCUCAAGAUUUCACCAUUCUUGGGCUUGAAGUGACCCUCCUGCUCCUCAUUGCCAUGGAUGCCCUGGACAAAUACCUAUUCUUCCGCAACUUCGACGUCAACCUUCGGCAGUCUCCCUGGGACAUCUACGACCUAUUCCUUUACCUCCUUGUCUUCUUCAUCAUUGUCUUCCGUGCAGUCGCAGCAAUGAAGUUCGAGGCGCUCAACUUCGACCCCAGCGUCAGGAUCUAUUACAACCUAGCAGACGCUGUCUACUGGUAUGACGUGGCGGAGGGCUUCCUCGCUGUCUUCGCCUGGUUCCUCUGGUUCCGCUCCUUCAAGUUUCUCAACGAGCUCUCGUGGGCCCGCGUCAUCCUUCAGACCCUCCUGAGGGCUGCUGGGCCCCUGCUGGGCCUGUGCCUGUCCGGCUUCCUCCUCCUCCUCGCUUUCGCCCAUGUCGGCCUACUGGCCUUCGGGACGGAGAUCCACGACCUGCGCAGCUUCGGGGUCGCGCUUGCCUCCUGCUUCCGCUUCAUCUUCGGGGGGAUGAAGUACGAUCAGUUCAGGACAGCCGGGCCGCUGCUGGGGCCGAUCUUUUACAUCUCCUUCAAGGUCUGGAUGGUGCUGAUUAUGGUCAGGUUCUUCGUGGCAGUCCUGCUGGAUGCGUACAGGGAGGUCAUGCAGGAGCGCAAGGACCGCUGGCGCUUCUCCUUCCCCCCAGCUGCUGCCCUCGCCUCCGACCUGGUCGCGUGGAUCAGAGGGCAGAAGGUCAAGACGGACGUGUCGGUCGACGCUGACAACAAGCAUCACUUCCACGGGCUCAACGACAGUGCGCUGCAAGACCUGGCGGAGCACGUGGAGAAGAAGAAGAGGGAAAUCUCGGAGAUGGACGCGCGGGAGAUGUACGAGGAACUGCAGGGGAGGAUCGGAAAGAUGCAGAAGCACAUGGACAGCAAGAUAUCGAAUAUCGAGAAGAUGUUCGUCACGACCGUCGCUCCUCUCGUUGAGACGUUGGACAUCCUAGUGCGGCAGCAGACGGAGAAUGCUGCGCUGGAGCAUGUGAGGAAGACUAUGGAGUAG